CGACUUCCCUUCGCGCCAGUUUCGCUUACACAUUUAUAACUACCGAACUCUCAGUUUCUCGUUUCUAGAAGAGUUGCGGUCUGCGCCUCAGCUGGAUUGCGGGCGUGCUGCUCAUGGCUGCUUCGCAGUCCUUCGCGGGUUCGGCGUGCGCGCUUCUUGUGCUACUUUCUCCGUUUAUCCUCGCUGGUGCAGUUCCCGAUAUUGUGAACAACCCACGAAACCGAUCCGUUCCACAUGCGCCGAAACAGCACGACCGAUUUCCCAUCUUUUCCAACAUCAGCAAUGUCCCGCCAAAAACCGGAUUGCAAGACAUACCCGCUAUUGACAGAACCGCCAACAGCAGCAGCUCUAGGAGGGUAAUGAAAGGUUCCGGGGGAGGCGGCGGCGGACACGGAGGGGGAGGCCGCGGAGGCAGCAGCAGCAGCAGCAGCAGCCGCAGCAGCAGUCGCAGCAGCAGCCGCAGCAGCAGCCACAGCAGCAGCCGCGGCAGCAGCAGCCACAGCAGCAGCAGGAGCAGCAGCAGGAGCAGUAGCAGCUCCCCGUGGCAGGGGGAGACCCGCAGCGGCAUCAGCAUAGUAGCGUCUAGGUAUUUCCGCCGCACCACGUCAGGCCGUCGGCCCAAGUCGACGUUUAGAGGCUUCAGACCCCUCGUGUAUCCCGACUACGACAAGGACUACGAGUACGACUAUAUUGAGGAAUGGGACUACAACGCCGAUUAUGAUGAUAAGGCAGGCAGUAAACACGCUUCAAUGGCUACACUCACUGGAAUCGCCACCAUAUUUCUAUUGCUACACAUGCUUGGAUAAUUAAUGUCGAGAAGCCACUUCGUUGCUACCCAUAUUGGUUGAUAUUGUAUUGUUUACAUCCCUCCGUCCACAUUCACAACGGAUUACCG